GGAACAUCCUAUUUUUCUUGAAGCUCUUCGCUAUUCUUCCCUUUCUCUCUCUCCCUCUCCCUCUCUACCGGGAACGAGCGACUCUGGGAAGGAAGGGCGAGAAUUGAAAGGCGGAAGCUUCGGCCCGUUCUGGGCGGUAGAGGAAGGGAGAUGGGCGGAGAGCGGAGGCUCCCGUUGUCGCGGUGGGAAGCUGCGGCGGUUGCUGCGGCGGUGGUUGCGAGCUUCGCCGUAGGGCUCGCGGCGCUAUACCUCUCGAUGCCGGUCUCCGAUUACAGCUUCCUAAAGUUGCCUCGCACCCUCGAGGACCUCCAGAUCUUAAGAGAUCAUCUAGAAAGCUACACAAGUGACUACACGGUGCAGGUUUUGAUAUGCUAUUUUGCAGUGUACAUAUUCAUGCAGACUUUCAUGAUCCCAGGAACAGUGUUCUUGUCACUUCUUGCUGGAGCCCUAUUUGGAGUUGUUGGAGGUGUGAUACUGGUAGUUCUUGCAGCAACUGCUGGUGCAUCCUCCUGUUAUUUCCUGUCAAAGAUGAUAGGAAGGCCAUUGGUUUCCGCAUUGUGGCCAGAUAAGAUGGGCUUCUUCCAGGAUCAGGUUGCUCGAAGACGUGAGAAAUUAUUGAACUACAUGCUAUUCUUGAGGGUGACACCGACAUUGCCAAACACAUUCAUUAACAUGGCUUCUCCUAUAGUUGAUGUGCCUUACCAUAUCUUCUUUGUGGCUACUUUGAUCGGACUCAUACCAGCUGCAUAUGUGACAGUCCGGGCAGGAACAGCCCUAGGCGAACUGAAGUCGGUGGCCGACUUGUAUGAUUUCCAAGCAUUAGUGACACUCUUCUUAAUAGGAAUUGUUUCAGUUACACCUACAUUUAUAAGCAAGUGAAGUGCACAAGCUUCACAAAAUUGAAACCUUUCUUCAAAAAGCCUAUAUUAUGGUCGUUGAUGACUGUUUGGGGUCGGCGAAUACAUGAAUUUUAAUGCUCCUUGUGUUGCAGUAUAUAAAUUAUUGAUAUACGACCCCAGAAGUUGAUUCUCCUCUGAUGUCGAUUUGAGAAGAUCGUCAAAAACAGCAACCUACAUGAAUUGAUUGUAUCAACUAUUGUAUUCCUAGUCUACUUAUGCGAAAUUGAUACAACUUGUGCACUUCAUCUGAUCAAGUUACCGGAAAGGUUUUUGUUGAAAUGAGAUACUGAAACCAUUUGUUAGA